AUGACACCAGUGAAACCAACUAGGCCAAUGUGGCCAACGAGAGCAACGAGAACAAUGAAACCAAUGAAACAAACCAACGUGAUCAACGAGACCAACAAGGCCAUCGAGACCAACGAGAAAAACGAGACCAACGAGACCAACGGGACCAACGAGACCAACGAGACCAACGAGACCAACGAGACAAACGAGAUCAACGAAACCAUCGAAAACAACGAGAACAACGAAAUCAAGGAGACUAAGGCCAACGAGACAAACGAGACCAACGAGACCAACAAGGCCAUCGAGACCAACGAGAAAAACGAGACCAACGAGACCAACGAGAAAAACGAGACCAACGAGACCAACGAGACCAACGAGACCAACGAGACCAACGAGACCAACGAGACCAACGAGACCAACGAGACAAACGAGAUCAACGAAACCAUCGAAAACAACGAGAACAACAAGGAGACUAGCAAGACCAACGAGACCAACGAGAUCAAGGAGACUAGCAAGACAAACGAGAUAAACGAGACCAACGAGACAAAGAGGCCAACGAGACAAACGAGAACAACGAGAACAACAAGACCAACGAGAUAA